AUGCACUACAAAGACAAAUUCUUCCAGGAGCUGUGCACGGAAGGAUGGAAGUGGCGGGUGGUUUGUUGUGAAGCAGAAGUAGCUUGCCCAUGGCUGCCCAGUAUGCUCCAGGCCUCAGCCAACAGCACAAACCUCGUAAGCAAAAAUGCGACAGAGAUCGAGGUAGCUGCAUCGCUAGCAUACCAUUUCGGGAUGACCAAAAACAUGCAGACAGCAAUCGACACCACUAAAGCAGCCUUGCCGAACAUUUCCUACAUGAACAGUGUGGGACACUAUGUACAGCACUUCGGCGGUGGAGAUAAGGGUGGCUUUGAGCUCAUCGCCUUUCUGCAGCAGCUGAGCAAAAGCUUCGGACACAGUCUUUUCCUUGGUGAAGAGUAUAUGGAUGCCAUAGCUUUCACACGUUUCAGCGAUCCCAGCUCUACGUAUCCGUUUCUCAGGGCUUCGUUCUGGGCUGCUGCUAUGUCUUCCCCCAAAUCAGCAGACAGCAUUUCCAAGUUGGUGACAAAGUCCGACAUUGAGAAAUUGAAGAGCAGCGGCAUGAAGACCCAAAUCAAGACAGCUGAAACCUUGCUAAGCUUGAGCUGGAACCUUCUCAGUAAGACGGGGGGCCUUCACGAGAAGAAGGGUGUACGGGCAAUGGGUCACAUGAUGAUCAGGACGGCCUUGCUUCUGGUCAAGAAGGAAGCCAAGGGCAAGGAGGGUAAGACCUUUGGUACGUUGCAGAAAGUGCAUGAAGCAUUUACUGCAGAAGUGGGCGACGGGAAUGCUGCAGGGGCAGCAGCCACGGCCGAGAGCAGCGAAAGCGGGGGUGAGUUGAGGAUCAUGUCACUGCAGGACACAGCAAGUGCAGCGAUCAUUGCUGCAACAUCCAACUCGUGGCUGAAGGUUGGAGCUCGCUACGUGCAGAAAGACAAUCCUGCGAUCUAUGAGUUCGUAGGAAUGGAUAAUGUAGACGGAAUCUUCAAAUUGGCGGAUGCAUGGGGCACCGACUACACACUUCGCAUCCCCCACAAGGAUUUGCGAAACAUGCGAGCCACGGAUAAGAAGGUUCCAGCUUUGUACUCGGCGGAACACGUGGCACGUCGCCGUGUGGACUCCUUCAUGACUUUGGAAGAGGAGGUUGCCAAGGCUACAGCUCUCACCAUGUUGUUCAACUUCUAUUCGGAGUUUCUUGGCAUCAUGAGUCGAGUGAUCGAGUGUGCGAGCUUGCAUGCUGAAGUUGCUUGUGUUAUAGUCGUGUAUGUGUAA